AUGGAACAAAAUGGGGAAUUUCUAGGGUUUGGUGGUUGUUAUUGGUGGUGCUGUGGUGGUGGUGGUGAUGAAUUUUCCUCCGAAGAGUGUCCAUUGUUAGAAAAGGUUGAGGUUGGGGGAAGCACUAAUAGUAGUACAAUUGGUACUGUUCUGGUUAUGGAUGCUCCGACUCUCAUUUUUGUAUGUUUUCAUAAAGCUUUUAGGGCUGAACUUGAAGAGCUUCAUCGAAUUACUUUGUCUUUCUUGGAGAUUAAUGGGUUUCCUGGACGUGAUUUGAUUCUUGAUCUUCUUUAUCGGUUUCGAUAUCUUCAACUUGUUUAUAAGUAUCACUCAGCUGCUGAGAAUGAGGUUAUCUUUAAAGCCUUGGGCGAACGUGUAAAAAACAUUGAAUGUUCAUAUUAUCUUGAACAUAGAAGGUCCAUAGAUGAUCUUUUUGAUUCAGUAUUCUGGUGGUUCAGUUCAUUGUUGGAGGCUGAUGGAAAAUUUUCACUACCAUUUCAAGAACUGGUGAACCGUGUUAACUCAUUGCAGUCCUCCAUUUGCCAGGAUAUGCUCAGAGAAGACGAACAGGUUUUUCCUUGGCUGAUUCAGUUCUCCUUGGAAGAACAGGCUUCACUUGUUAGGAAGUUCAUUUACAGUGUACCUAUAACGUUGUUGGAAGAUAUGUUACCAUGGAUGGCAUCCUAUCUUCCUAAAACUGAACAGAUCAAUUUCGCGCUUUGCAUUAAAGCGGUUAUUCCUAAAGAGAAUCUAUUACGAAAGGUUAUGAUAUCCUGGCUGGUUAAGAAAAGGCAACCAACUUCCAAAUCCUUCAGCAUCCCUGAAAGUGGAAAUUGGGUUUUAAGCUCGAACAUACCAUUAUGCUUGAAGGAGUUUCCAAAGGCAUACUUGUCUGGCAAGAACUUACCUGGGAAGAUCUGCAGUGGAAUAAAAUCAGAUCGUACCGAACAUACUGCUAAAUGUCAUCCUAUUGAUGUUCUUCAUGUUUGGCAUGGUGUUAUCAGCAAGGAUUUGAACAAAAUUCUAGAGGACCUACAAGAAAAAGGAGGAUCCAGGAUUUAUUCACAUUUAUCUUCAAUAUGUAGCCGGUUAAAGUUCUUUGUAGAUGUCCUCAUAUUCUACAGUGCUGCCUUGGAGAAAGUAUUCUUCUCAGUAUUGAAUGAACUUGUGGACGAGUCCUCAUCUUUCUCGCACAGAAGGUUUCCAGAUGACUCACAGAUUGAAGGUCUCUUUCAAGCUCUACAAAAUUUGAGUUCACAAAAUAUUAUGUCACUCUCAACCCAUUUGGAGAGGUUGGGCUUGCAAUUGGACUCUUUCAUAGAGGGAAUCAAUGCGCACUUUGCUUUUCAAGAAUCCGAGGUUUUGCCUCUCAUCCGCAAGCACUGUGAUUAUGAAAUGCAGCAGAGCUUGUUGUAUAAGAGCUUGCAAGUGAUGCCUCUUGGGUUGUUAAAAUGUGUGAUAAGUUGGUUGUCAACCCAUUUAACCGAAGACGAGUCAAAUGCUAUAACUUGCAGCAUGAUGUUGGCAGGAUCUGUAAGUGACAUAUCAUUUGCUUCUCUCUUGAACGAGUGGGUCCGCAUUGAAUAUUCAGGUAAAACCGCUAUUGGAAAAUUCAGACAAGAGCUACACUAUAUGUUCAAUAGCAUGCGUGCUUUCUUUCCGGAGGAUCAUGAAGUUCAUCAUCGCCAGAAGUCUCAUUCUGGUCAGGAAAAACUAGAUUUUACUGCUACGUCAGAGAAAAUUGCAGGUGACAAUACAUUGUACUCUAGCGAAAUGAAUCUGCAGAUAUUGUUCCCUGAGGCUCUAAGAAACAUGCCCUGA